AUGGCGGCCGUGGUCGAGGCAUUAUAUCAGAGACCGCAUGUAUCAACAUCGCAACCGGUUGCAAGGAAUGAUACUAAUGUAUUUGAAAGAUUCCAGAAGUUGCAACCUCUGACUUUUUCUGGGGCGACCGACCCCAUAGUAGCCGAACAUUGGCUGAAACGUAUGAUGAAACUUAUGGAGCUAUUGGGGUGUUCAGAUACACAAAAGAUCAAGUUCAAUGAGAAAUACUUCCCAGAAUCGUUCCGGGAUGAAAAGGUGGCACAGUUUUUCAAACUCGAGCAAGAAAAUAUGACGGUCGCACAAUAUGAGUCCCGCUUUGCCGAACUCUCACGGUAUGUAUCGACUAUCAUCAGUGAAGAGAGCGUUAGGCUGAGGAAAUUCAGAGAUGGAUUACGGUUGGGAAUAAGGUCGAAGUUGUGCUGCUUUGACUUGUUCAGAUAUGGGCAAGUAGUGGGCAAGGCCACCAGGGUGGAGAAGGACGUAGUCCAGAUGAUGAAAGCUCAGACUCCGUUCAGAGAUUCCAGUAGCCAAGUCAAGUCCACACAUCUGCCUCCUAGCCUCGCUAUGGUUGAUAAGCGAGCUAGAACUUCCUCAUAUCCGGGUAUGCCGUGCAAUUAUUGUGGUAAGCCAGGGCACACUGCCAAGUUUUGCUUCAAGAGGGCACGAGAUGAGGGCAACAAGCCCAGGCCAUUAGCGAUUCAGCCCCAUCCACCUCAGUCUGUGGUUAGGCCACCUAUCAGUAGCCGACCUCCAUUUUAG